AUGGCCCCUCGCAAGGUCUCUGACGCUCCUGCAACUGAGCCCAGGCGCUCUGGCCGAAUUGCCUCGCAGCCUGUGGUUGCGGCUCCUGAAAAACCCGCCAAAAAGCCCAAAGCAACGAAGAAAAGAUCAGCUGAAGCUUUGGAUGAGCCAAAGGACGAAUCUGCCACCAAAAAGGCAAAGGCGGACCCAGAUAACGCGGCAGCUGCCCCUACUGAAACAGAAGCUCCAAAAGAAGAGGCCCCAGCUCCUCCUGCAACAGAGGAUGCGAAAGAAGACGCUAAGGACUCGGAAGAGGCCCAAGCUGCCCCUGCUGUUGCCGAGACGGAGGCGGAAGGGAGUAAGGACGCCCCUGUUCCAAUAAAACAACUGGAAAUUGGAGAUAACUUACCUGCGCUCACCCUUCAAAACGAGGAGGGCGGGGAGAUCAAAGUUGCCGAACUGGCUGCUGAGAAAGGAGUCGUUCUUUUCCUCGUCCCUAAGGCUGCUACUCCUGGUUGUACUAAUCAGGCUUGUGGAUUCCGAGAUAUAUACCCUGACUUUACGUCGUUGAACUACGAUGUAUAUUGUCUGAGUGCCGACUCGCCUACUGCACAAAAUAAAUGGAAAACUAACGCAAACCCCAAGAGAACUCUCAUCACAGCUUUGGGUGCGGGACAAGACGGCAAGACGAAGAGAAGCCAUUUCAUCUUCGAAAAGGGCGGUAAACUUGUAGAGAAAAAGCUUCCUGUAUCACCCAAGGACAGUCCCAAGUUGGCACUCGAGUUCAUCAAAGCCCGAAGCGAGUGA